UUGGAACAUUGUAAAAGCCGGAUUUAUCACUAAGCAGACAAUUAAACAUAGUUUUACCGGCUGAACAGCUUCUUUUUUUAUUGGCCUACCAUCACAUUCGGAAAUUCUCUUUAAUAUUCUUCCAUUUUUAAUUUUAAAGCCUCCAACAAAGACACUCUCUUUUUAUCUUUUCUCUACAGUUUGUGCUUUUCUCUGUGCGCUUCUUUUUGGUUGAAGUGAUUCAUGACUUUUGUCAGCUCUGGAGUCUUUACUAAUCAAAGGAUCAUCAAAAUAUCAAAAUCCAUAGGAAGGAAUUAUCAUGUUUUGGCUGUUCAGUUACUGAUCAUCUUUUGAUUAGUGAGCCUGUAGAAUUUGUGUGCUGCAAGAUGUUCACAUGGCCUGAAUACCUCAAGAGACCAAAGCAUGGCUCAUAAAGGUGAUCUAGUUGCCAUUGGCAUCUCUGUUGGCUUGGCCCUUGGUAUCUUGAUAGCUGCACUGGUAUUUUUUGGAAUAAGGUGGUAUAAAAGGCGUGUAAACCUCAGACGAUGUUCCAAUGAGCGUAGUGUUACAGUUCUUCCUAUAAGAACAAAUGGCUUUGGUACAAGCACUGACUUCAGUGCAUCUCUUUCAAAUUCUAUAGCUGUUCAGAUAACAGAAUAUCAUCAGAAACGUUCUUCAAAUUCUUGGUGGAGUUUUCAUAGUAAAAAUCGCUUUGUUUCUACUUCAGGCUUGCCGAAGUAUUCCUAUAAGGAAGUCCAGAAAGCUACACAAAAUUUUACAACUAUUUUAGGAGAAGGAUCAUUUGGUCCAGUCUAUAAAGCUACAAUGCCUACUGGUGGAUUAGUAGCUGUAAAGGUGCUAGCUUCCAAUUCUCAUCAGGGAGAGAAAGAGUUCCACACAGAGGUAAGCUGCAAUAACCAUGUUUGUCUACUAGGGAGGCUGCAUCAUCGAAAUCUUGUGAACUUGGUAGGAUAUUGCGUGGAUAAAGGGAAGCACAUGUUAGUUUAUGAGUUCAUGAGCAACGGAAGCUUAGCAAACAUUCUAUAUGGUGAAGGGGAGCAGGGUUUGAGUUGGCAAGAAAGACUUGAAAUUGCUCUUGAUAUUUCACAUGGCAUAGAAUAUCUUCAUGAAGGGGCAGUCCCUCCUGUAAUACACCGUGAUUUAAAGUCUGCUAAUAUACUAUUGGACCAGUCAAUGAGAGCCAAGGUUGCUGAUUUUGGGCUGUCUAAGGAAGAGGUUUUUGAUGGCCGAAAGUGUGGCAUUAAAGGUACAUAUGGCUACAUAGACCCAGUGUACAUAUCCACAAACAAGUUCACAAUGAAGAGUGACAUAUACAGUUUCGGUGUCAUUAUCUUUGAACUAAUUACAGCCAUCCACCCUCACCAAAACCUAAUGGAAUAUGUUAAUCUUGCUGCUAUGAGUCCUGAUGGUGUCGACGAAAUACUUGAUAAGCAACUGGUUGGAGAGUGCAACAUUGAGGAAGUGAGGGAGCUAGCCAAAAUUGCCCAUAAAUGCUUGCACAAAUUACCAAGAAAGCGUCCCUCAAUUGGUGAAGUAACACAGGCCAUACUGAAGAUAAAGCAGAGGCGCCUCGCUAAAGAAGACACAAUGUCCAUGGCUGAAGGAGAUUUUUCAAGAAUUAUGAGCCGGAUACAAGAUCAGCAUAUAGAGCUGACCAAGUUGGCCAGCUUGAAGGAGAUUAAUUGAACAACCACCACUUCCCUUUUACCUGUUUUGUCUUCUUUUUUCCUUUUUUUUCCCCACAAUGAAGCCUCUGGCAAGUGAUACUGGUGAUAGCAUACAAUUGAGCAAAAAAAGUACAGAGAAAUGCAUACAAAAUGAGUGCUUUAAGAUUACUAACCCCUCAUGUUUUAGUAUACUGGUUAUGAAAAAAUAUUUCUCCUCA